UCCUCGUCCAAAAAGAGACAGUGCGUUUAUACUGAACGUGAAUUGCACAUUUUUGUGCUGAACAUUUUGCUCGUUUUUCGGGAAACCAAAUAAACUUCAAAAUGUCUAUUAUGUCAUAUAACGGCUCGGCCGUUGUGGCCAUGAUAGGUAAAGACUGUGUUGGGAUAGCGUCAGAUAGGCGGUUUGGUGUCCAAGCUCAGACUGUCUCAAUGAACGCACAGAAGAUCUUUACAAUGGGACCAAGGCUCUAUUUGGGUCUCUCUGGGCUCGCUACCGACAUAACAACAGUAUCGAACAGAUUAAAGUUCCGACUGAAUCUCUACACAUUGCGAGAAAAUAGGGAUGUGAAACCAGAGACGUUCAUGAGUAUGGUAUCGAACCUACUGUACGAAAGAAGGUUUGGGCCAUACUUUAUUGAGCCUGUGAUUGCUGGUCUGGAUCCCAAGACCUACAAGCCUUUCAUCUGUAAUCUGGAUCUUAUUGGAUGUCCCAUGUUCACCGAUGACUUUGUAGUCGCAGGAACCUGUACUGAGCAGCUCUACGGCAUGUGUGAAUCCGUCUGGGUUCCAGACCUUGCACCUGAUGAUUUAUUUGAGACCCUGUCACAAGGUCUUCUGAAUGCUGUAGACAGGGAUGCACUAGCAGGAUGGGGAGUUGUAGUACACAUUAUAGAGAAGGACAAAGUGACAACACGAGAGGUUAAAGCCAGGAUGGACUAGCAUUCCUAUCAUCAAAUUGUUUCUUACAUAUACAUGUACAUAUAUUUGUUCUUGUUUUUGUUUAUUCAUUGAUGAAAUCAGUCCAUGACCCUCUUGUUGCUUUUACUUUAAAGUGUACCAAACUACCAAUCGCCCAAAUUACUUUAUAUAUUAGCAGUUACAUGUUUCUAGCCUGUAUUUAUAGUAUGUGCUUACAUGUCCCAGAUCUCGCAAGUUUAAAUACAUUCUCAAAAGCAACUUUUGAGUAGACUUGUCGAUGAACCUGUACAUGCUCACACAGAACCCAGGUGAACUUCUCUGCAUGAGGUUUUAUUUAUUCUUUAUUUUCUUCAUUCUCCCAAAUCCCAAAUCUUUAACCCAUAGAGUGCUGGGCAAGUCUUCUUGGGUUGAUUUUAUACAUUAUAGCUGUGCACAAAUUAUUUUGUUAGGUGUAUGGUACUCUUUAAAAUAUUGAUAUGUCAAUGGAUUAUGACAUAAAUAGGGGAGGGGCGGCUAUGAAAUGAAAUGUGGUGUAGUAUUGCAGAAAGUUUUCAUCCUCUUUGUAGUGUGUGCCUGCCUGAUUGUACAAUUGAGCAACUGUUCCAUUUUGAAAUUAGAACUUCCCCAAAGUCCUUGUACACCUUUCAUACAAGUAAAUAUUAAUGAUAGCAACAGAUUUGUGGUACAUCUCUGAACCAUUAGUGGCUUUCAUUAGUUACAUAAGGAAGCUCUUCAUUUUUAUACCUCCCCCCUCGGAAGGUUAAUAUUGGUACACUUUAAUUAAAAGAAUGAUUUAUUAUUAAACCAGUUAAUAUAAAGUCCUUGUUACAGUCUUUAAGACUUAAGUUUGUAUCAUAUCAUUUAAUGUUUCAUACGUACGAACUUGAGAUCCUCCUUGCAUCAGGACGAGAGGAUACUGAUUGACGUUUCUUAGUAGCAUUUCGUGAAAUGUGGAAUAUGUAAUAAAUACAUUAAAACUGAUUUCUAAAGAUUGUUAGUUUACAUUCUUUUCAUUGAGCUCAGUAUUUACAAUGCCAUUGAUAAUUAAGAGACAUCAAAAUCAAAAUACAUUCAGAGAAAGAGAGGAGAGUUGGAAGAUUUAGCCCAGAAAUAAAAAA